UUUUUCUCAGAACUCUAACUGCAUUUAUCAGUAUUUAAAGAUAAUUUUCUUCAUUAAAAAAGUUUAGUUUGAUUAAAAGUAUAAACAAACAUUUAAUUUUAACUGGUGUUUAAUCAAACUAUGCUGUUUAAACGGUGCAUUUGUUUGGCAUUAAGUGUACCGGUUUAUAGUAUCCGCGCGCGGGAGAUCGAAGAAAAAAGUUAAGCGUAUUUAUAAUUUUAUUAAUUUUUUUUGUUUUUUUCUUGUUUUAAAGAUGUAUUUGUUACAAUUGUAAAGAUUGCGGGGUUAAAUUGUCUGCUGUCGUCAUAGAAUUGUAUUCUGCAAUCUUUUCUAGGUAAUUCUCUCGGUUAUCUGCACAGGAUAUUGUAAACGAGUUUGGUUUAAAAAUAAAAAGGAAACACUUAAAUUGUGACGACACGCUUUGUUUUUCAAUGGAGGUUAAUGAAAAUUCAUAGAAACAUUUCAAAAAUCCUUUAUGUAAUACGCACUACUGCGGCUACUUUGUAGGUUUUAAUCGAAACUGCGACUCGUUUCGUUUUUGAAUGAACACUAAUGCAUAUAUUUUUAUAAUGAAUUUUAUGUUUGCUCCUACACGUUCUAUUCUUAUGCAGUUCUUUUAUAUGUACAGAAUAAACAUCUUACUCUGUUAUAUAUUUAAAUACUAAAAAUGAUUUUUGAAGCCUGCGCAUUAAAACGGUUGAUAAAAUUAGAAAAUUAUCAGAUUGAAUACAGGAAGAGAGAAAUUAUUGAAGUAUACGUAACAGAAAUUAAAAUAGUUUCUCGGUAAAAACAGGAAAUUAAGCUGCUUUUGAUGUAAGAGUUAUAAAGAGUAUCAGAAAUAAUUUUUAAUCAUUAUUUUUCAAGAUUUCCUAGUGAAAACGGCACCACCUCUUUUUUUUUUCCUUGAAAUUUCAGAUAUCUUAAAUUUAUAAUUAUGGGUGAUCACCAUCACGGACAUGGACACGGACAUAUGGGUCAUACGUCUCAUACGACUAUCAAUGAUACGACAAUGCCUUCUAUAAUGACGACGGCAGCAACGUUAUUAGAAUCUGUUAUGACAGCUAUGAAUCACAGCAUACAUCAUAUGGAUAAAGAAGUUUCGGAUCCAGCCAAACACGUUCAUCACGAUACGGCCGGAUCUUUGACUACUGCAUCUUUGGAUCAUAUCCACGAUACGAUUGUUCAUGAUCAUGGCAGUCCAAAUGGACACAUGAUGAUGUAUUUUCAUGCUGGAGUAGAUGUCACAAUAUUAUUUGAACAAUGGAAAGUUACAACUGUCGGAGGUCUUGUCGGUUCAAUAAUUGGAAUAUUUUUGUUGGCAAUGUUAUAUGAAGGUCUGAAAUUCUUCAGAGAAUUUUUAUUUAAACAAUAUUUUUCUUCUCUUCAAUACACAACAAUAUCUGUCACUGGACAAGAUGGAAAAACAAUGACUGAAAUUCAUAAAAUAGCUAGGAACCGUAUGAUAAGUUGGCCGCAUGGAAUUCAAACAAUUCUCCACGUUGUUCAAAUGGUCACUAGCUAUUUUUUGAUGUUAAUAUUUAUGACAUACAACGUGUGGUUAUGCAUGGCCGUCGCACUGGGUGCAGGAGCCGGGUAUUUUCUAUUUGGCUGGAGAAAGGCCACCGUGGUCGACGUAACGGAACACUGUCAUUAACAAAGAAUGUAAAUUUAAAUUCGAAAAUAUAUCAUUUUUGAGAAAAGUUGUUAAAAUAGUUUUAACAAAUAAUUUUUUGAAAUUUUUUUUUUAAUAAUUAUUUUACGAGCAUACAAAAUUUAAAAAAAAAAUGUACAAUGUUAUAAAUAGAACCUUAUUUUGUAAUAAUAUAAAAAAUUAUUCCAUUUUAUCAGAAUGCAGUUAAAAUGAUAGAAUCUUAACUGACUUUUUCAAAGGAAAAAAAAAAAAGGAAUAUUUUACUAAUAUAAGUUUUAGUCGUUAGCUUUAAAGUAGAAUCUCAAAAAUUGAAAAUACUAUUAGUAUCAUUUAUGAAUAUUUUAUGUUGUACGUACGGACUUAUAUGCUUAAUUAAGCAUUUGUCUUGAGAUAUAUCUGUAAUUUAAUGGCGUAAGGGAAAAAAAAAUAUCUGAUUAUAUAUUAAUAUGUGACCAGAUAUUGAAUUCAAAUUUAGCUCAUUUACUUUAUGAAUUCUAAAAAUUUUCCUUCUAACAUCAAAAGGAAUUUCCAAACACACAAUUUAUUAUUUGUAAAUUCAAGGAUGAAAUUUACAAAAUAUAUUAUUACUUUAUAAAUUCUUCCCUAUAGAAGAAAUAAAUAAAUGAAUUUUAUAUAUUGUAUAUAAAUAUAAAACUGUAAGUUAUCCUCUAUCUUUUAUUAUUGCAUUCCUUUGGGUUAGUGAUAAUUGAUUUAAUAUAGUAUUUGAAUUAAUUCCAACAUUAUUUUAAUGUAAAUGUUGUUAUGUGUAUAUUAAAAAAUAUGUUUUUAAAAGCUGCAAAUAUAUAUAUAUGAGAUGACUGAAUGUCUGAGUUCACUUCCUCACUUUUUAGAUUAGAUAAAAUGCUUUAAAACAUAGACUAACUGUGAAUUAUCUUAUAAAAUUUAUGGAAAAUUGAAUUACAUCCAUAAUUGAUUUAUAUUUAAGACAUACCAAUACUUUUAAACAGACUUUUGAAGGAAAAAUUGUUAGAUUAUAAUUAGCGUUAAUUUUAGUUUAAAUAAAUUUAUCAAUUAAACAUCAUUUUAAAUAUUUUUAAUAGAAUUUUAUUACAGACUUUUUAAAAAAUAAUGAAUGCUCCAAACAUAUCUAAAACAACAUUAUUCUGGUUAAAAUUAAGCUAAUUUGGUAAUAAAAUUACAGAAUUUGGUAUAAAAAUUAGGCAGUUAAGCUACCAUUUUAUGGUAUUAUAAACUAAUGUUGAUAUAGAUAUGUUUUAGGUUAUUAAAUAUUUGGUUUAUAUCCGAAUAAUCCAAAUCUGACAAGUUAAAUUUAAAUGCUCUCCCAGAUUCGACAUCAAAUCCCGCGGAGCAGUCGCUCGAUGCCGUAACUGCCUUGGUCGUCCGGCCGUUGCAAUAUGACAAUGGGCGUGCACAAUUCUUUACACAAAAUAUCAGGAAUGAAAUUAUUUUUUUACAUUUCUGAACUUGAAAUACUAUAUUAUUUCAAAUUUAAAGCCCAAUUUUAUUUUAAAAUUUCAUUUCGCAAACAGUAUAAUGAUAAAAUAUUCGGUUAUCAU